AUGGUUCGAAGAAAGUACGAUACCUUCAUUCUAUCGUUAAUCUGCAUAGGUGCAGCGAUAGUGAUUCCAUACUACAUCCCAGGUUUGGAUAUCGCUCGAAUCGAGGGGAAGUAUUUUGAUGUGGCGAACAACCAUUCGAUAGGUGUGAAGAUCAGUGUGGGUCCAAGUGGUGGCUGUAUGUGGUUCAAUGAUACGACACCAAAAUGCAGUACCGAAAUACCCUAUGUACCCAACGCAGAAUACCUCCAUCUUCAACCCAAUUCCAAUCUCACUUCCAUCUUCCCGAUAGCAAUGGGAAGAGCGUUAGCCCUCAAUCACGUGAUGGUAGGUCUAAUGGGACUUAGUAUGAUAGCUGUCUUAUUGGAUAUCCUAAUUCUCAAAGGCGGAAUCUCAUUAUUUAUCAUUUACUUCACUGGUUUCAUGCUCUGGCUAGUCUAUUUCCUCGAAUCAACCUAUAUAGGAACCAUGAGUAAUAGGUUGGAUGACAUUUAUGAAGCUAAGGAAUGGGAGUAUCAUACAGGCGGUGGCUUCAUCAUGAUUAGCGUUUCUGUUUUCGUAGCUAGUUUCUUCCUCUGUGGCGGAGGAUCGAUAUCGGCUGGAGACUGA